AUGGUGCUUGAUCACGCUCCCGUGACGGGGCUGCUGCUCGGCUUCUCCCUCCUCUCCAUGUCCCUUACCCCACGACAUUACAUGGCGCUGCGGCACUCGUACGUGGUACCGGGGUGGAAAACAACCAUCAGACGUCUCCCAUUGGAAACAUUACCGUUUGGAUCUAUUGGUGUGUCCUCGGCAGACGUCAUGUGCACCCUUCUGGUGCUGUUUCAGAUGCGGAUCCUGGAGCGGCGUUGGGGGUCCUCAUUGUUUCUCGCUUUUGUCAUGACAUCCGCCAUGACGGGCUCUGUGCUGCUCAACAUGCUCGUGACGGAAGCCACACCACCCUUGAAUUUGGAUCAAUUUCGUAUUUUGUCAGCGGGGGGUUCCAUCGUCCCACUGGUGGCCCUUGCCACGCGCUAUGUCCUUGAGGUCCGCUCGCUUCACCGGUGGCGUGUUCCACUUCUUCGAAUUUCACUGACAGAGUGGUCCCUGGUCCUUGUGCCCCUCAUGCGAUUGGUGUUUUUUCCCGCUACGGAGGUUAGCCCAAGGACGCACAAGCAGCGGGCCAUUCAGGUGGAUAUCGGUUCCUGGACACGCGUGUUGUUGGCUAUCUUAGGUAUCAUAUGGGGUGUUGCCUCCAAGGAAACGUGGUUGCUUACAUGGUGGUUUAGGUUUUCUAGCCGCUGCAUCUGCCGCCCGUUUAUUAACUUUAUUCGCCCUGUCCUCUCCUGCCUGACGGGAUCAUCAAAUAUUGUGGAACUUGGCGUUCCGCGGCAGAACAACAGUGGACAGCCGUCGCCGGGUGGCCGCUACACCGUGGACAACCUCGCUGGACUCCACGAGGAUGAAAACACGCGUAUGCAUCGUGAGCGUGGGUCUGUCGAUGCGUCCUUUGCAGGACAUGUGCGCCGGCGAUAUGAGCCACAGGCUGGGUCCCACAACGGCGCACUUAUGCUGGGUGAUGCUGUCCUGGACGAGCGGACUGCUCAAAUCAUGGAGCUCGGGAUGGGGUUUGACGCGGAGACCGUUCGCUCCGCCUUAAUUGAUGCAAAUGGGUACGUCGACAUUGCUGUUGAAAAACUCGUGCGCCGCCGUUGA